AUGGAUAUAACGCUACGGAUAAAGUACUUGGCCUUAGUAUCGGUGCUGAUGCUGAUUAUGUGCGCCCGUAUGGGCACCGGUAGCGAUAUUGGAGAGUACGGGGACUUCCCAGAUGUUAAGCCUAAACCCGUACCCCCACGACAGGGUCGCCGUACGGGUGAACCUAACGGCGCCCCCUGUAGUCAUCAUUACGUUAACUAUGGAUUAUUGUGGUUACCGGCGCUCGUGACUUAUGGGCUAUAUGAACUGACUGAAGAAAUGUGUAUUUACUUUUGUGAACUGCCCCUCAAAGACAUGGACUUCAAAAUGAGUGGACAGUUGUCUGUGGCUAUACUACUGGUCCUAUUAUUAUGGCUAACGGUGUCUACGUGUAUGGCCAGUGAAAUGGGAGAGUUAGGUUCUUUCUAA